GCGUAACUUACCAAAAACCUUAUUGCUGGUGCAUGGUGUCGAUUAAAUCUUUAUCUAAUUCAUCAAAUUUUUGGUGGUUAUGGUUGGUUUGGGUUUGUCGUUUGUAUCAACUUAUAUAUGUCUUAUGGCUGUGAUGAAUUCAUACGUAUGACUGUAAAUUGGAUGUUGAUGUUGACUUGGCAUGGCAGACAUGUGCAAUUCCACCAGACAUAUAGGGGAAUGCAAGCUGGUCAGUUCCAACGCCCGAUGGCUGCUAUGCCUGAAAUUGAAGAUGAAGGAAACCAUAGAUUCGUCAUUUUCAUCCAUAUGGCCACUAUCAGGUGUAAAGGUACCUACUACAAACAUUUGCAAGAUGGAAAAGAGGAUUCUUCUAGGAUGUGUCUCAUGGUAGGCACAUUGUUCGCAACAUUGUUUCACAGGGUAUUUGCAAACAACCAAUGCUACUUUGUGGUGAUGGAAAACAAACACAAAGUUCAACGCGUUUUAUGACUUACCUCGGUUCUUACACGCGUCUUGACCCAACCCCCGUGUAUUCAGCUGGUACCCUCCUUUUGUGGCAUUAGUUCUAGCGGGUGUGUUGUAUUUGUAACAGUUUAGAAGUUAUGUAUUUGUACAAAUUUAGUUUAAUUUAAACACAUUUGUACAACACGUUUUUUU